UGUCGCGGUAUAGUUACCUUGUCAAAGAUUAGGCAUAGCAGUGCAUAUAUAUUGCGUGUCGUAAUUUACUUUUUCACUAAUUUCCAGAAAGGGCUCCAAUCAUGGUGAAGGAGCAGUUUAGAGAAACAGAUGUGGCUAAAAAGAUAAGCCACAUCUGUUUCGGUAUGAAAUCUGCUGAACAGAUGCGUCAGCAAGCUCACAUCCAGGUGGUCAGUAAGAACCUGUACAGCCAGGACACCAGCCACACCCCACUACCCUAUGGAGUGCUGGACCACCGCAUGGGCACCAGUGAGAAGGAUCGGCCAUGUGAAACCUGUGGGAAGAAUCUGGCAGACUGCCUGGGACACUAUGGAUAUCUGGAUCUCGAGCUGCCCUGUUUCCACGUCGGGUACUUUAAGGCCAUCAUUGGGAUCCUGCAGAUGAUUUGCAAGACAUGUUCCCAUAUCAUGCUCACCAAAGAAGAAAAACAGCAGUUUUUGGACUACUUGAAACGGCCUAAUCUAGCCUAUCUACAGAAACGUUCCCUGAAAAAGAAGAUUUCUGACAAAUGCCGCAAAAAGACUACAUGUUUGAACUGCUCUGCGUUCAAUGGUCCCGUGAAAAAAUGUGGCUUGCUGAAGAUCAUCCAUGAAAAAUACAAGACGAACAAGAAAGUGGUGGAUUCCAUUGUGUCAGAGUUCCUCCAGUCUUUUGAUAUUGCAGUAGAGCACAAUAAAGAAGUGGAAUCCUUAUUGACAAGGGCCCAGGAGAACCUGAACCCACUGGUGGUGCUGAACCUGUUCAGGAGGAUCCCCUCGGAGGACGUGCCCCUGCUGCUGAUGAAUCCGGAGGCUGGCAAACCCGCGGACCUGAUCCUGACCCGGCUGCUGGUGCCCCCUCUCUGCAUCCGGCCCUCCGUCGUCAGCGACCUCAAGUCCGGCACCAAUGAGGACGACCUCACCAUGAAGCUGACCGAGAUCAUUUUCCUCAAUGACGUCAUUAAAAAGCACCGCAUGUCUGGAGCGAAGACUCAGAUGAUCAUGGAGGACUGGGACUUCCUGCAGCUGCAGUGUGCCCUCUACAUCAACAGUGAACUCUCAGGCAUCCCGCUCAACAUGGCUCCCAAGAAGUGGACCAGAGGGUUCGUGCAGAGGCUCAAAGGAAAACAAGGGCGUUUCCGAGGAAACCUCUCUGGAAAGAGAGUGGAUUUCUCCGGCAGGACGGUCAUCUCCCCUGACCCGAACCUGCGGAUCGAUGAGGUCGCCGUGCCAGUCCACGUGGCCAAAAUCCUGACUUACCCGGAAAAGGUGAACAAAGCCAACAUGGACCUGAUGAGGAAACUGGUGCGCAACGGGCCUGACAUUCACCCAGGAGCCAACUUCAUCCAGCAGCGGCAUAUGCAGAUGAAAAGGUUUCUAAAGUAUGGUAACCGGGAGAAGAUGGCUCAGGAGCUGAAGUAUGGAGACAUUGUGGAAAGACAUAUGAUUGACGGAGACAUCGUUCUCUUCAACCGGCAGCCCUCCCUGCACAAGCUCAGCAUUAUGGCCCACAUUGCCAGAGUGAAGCCGCACAGGACGUUCCGCUUCAACGAGUGCGUGUGCACGCCCUACAACGCCGACUUCGACGGGGACGAGAUGAACCUCCACCUCCCUCAGACCGAGGAGGCCAAGGCUGAAGCCCUGGUCCUCAUGGGGACAAAAGCGAAUUUAGUCACCCCGAGAAAUGGAGAGCCUCUGAUUGCCGCUAUUCAAGACUUUCUGACAGGGGCCUACCUGUUGACCCUCAAAGACACCUUCUUUGAUAGAGCAAAGGCCUGUCAGAUUGUUGCCUCCAUUCUUGUUGGAAAAGAUGAAAAAAUCAAAAUUGCUCUUCCACCCCCUGCAAUCUUGAAGCCCAUUACUCUGUGGACGGGGAAGCAGAUCUUCAGCCUCAUUCUGAAGCCCAGCAAGGAGUGCCCUGUGAGGGCCAACCUGCGCACCAAGGGGAAGCAGUACAGCGGGCGCGGGGAGGACCUGUGCCACAACGACUCCUUCGUGGUGAUUCAGAACAGCGAGCUGAUGUGUGGCAGCAUGGACAAAGGCACGCUGGGCUCCGGCUCCAAGAAUAACAUCUUCUACAUCCUCCUGCGGGACUGGGGGCAGAUGGAGGCCGCCAACGCCAUGUCGCGCCUGGCCAGGCUGGCUCCCGUCUACUUGUCCAACCGGGGGUUUUCAAUCGGAAUUGGGGAUGUGACCCCUGGCCAAGGCCUGCUGAAGGCCAAGCAGGAUCUGCUGGACGCGGGAUACAAGAAAUGCGACGAGUACAUCGAGGCCCUGAACACGGGCAAGCUGCAACAGCAGCCAGGAUGCACGGCUGAGGAGACCCUGGAGGCCCUGAUUCUGAAGGAGCUUUCUGUGAUCAGAGAUCAUGCCGGCAGCGCCUGCCUGACUGAGCUGGACAAAAGCAACAGCCCACUGAUUAUGGCACUGUGUGGCUCCAAAGGUUCCUUUAUUAACAUCUCCCAGAUGAUUGCCUGCGUCGGCCAGCAGGCCAUCAGCGGGUCUCGAGUGCCUGAUGGCUUUGAGAACCGCUCACUGCCCCACUUUGAAAAGCACUCAAAACUCCCAGCCGCAAAGGGUUUUGUUGCAGACAGCUUCUAUUCAGGACUGACACCCACAGAGUUUUUCUUCCACACCAUGGCUGGUCGAGAGGGCCUGGUGGACACUGCUGUGAAGACCGCUGAAACCGGGUACAUGCAGAGGCGUCUGGUGAAGUCCUUGGAGGACCUGUGCUCACAGUAUGACCUCACAGUACGGAGCUCCACCGGUGACAUCAUCCAGUUCAUCUACGGAGGAGACGGCCUUGACCCAGCUGCCAUGGAGGGCAAAGACGAGCCGCUGGAGUUUAAGAGAGUCCUGGAUAAUAUCCGAGCUGUUUAUACGUGUCCCGACCAGCCAGCCCUGAGCAGGAAUGAGCUGGUCUUAACUGCCGAGUCCAUCAUGAAGAGGAGUGAUUUCAUGUGCUGCAGAGACAGCUUCUUGGAGGAAAUCAAGAAAUUCAUCAAGUCUGUUGCAGAAAAGAUCAAGAAGACCAGGGACAAGUACGGCAUCAACGAUAACGGCACCACUGAGCCAAAAGUGCUCUACCAGCUUGACAGGAUCACACCAACACAACUGGAGAGGUUCCUGGAGACAUGCAGGGAUAAAUACAUGAGGGCACAGAUGGAGCCCGGCUCGGCUGUGGGCGCUCUAUGUGCCCAGAGCAUUGGCGAACCCGGCACACAGAUGACCCUCAAAACCUUCCACUUUGCUGGCGUUGCCUCCAUGAACAUCACACUGGGUGUCCCCCGAAUCAAGGAGAUCAUCAACGCCUCCAAGAACAUCAGCACCCCCAUAAUCAGCGCUCACUUGGACAUUGAGGAUGAUGCAGACUUUGCCCGCCUUGUGAAGGGGAGGAUUGAGAAAACACUUCUCGGAGAGAUUUCAGAGUACAUUGAGGAGGUAUUCCUUCCAGAUGACUGCUUCAUUCUUGUCAAGCUGUCACUAGAAAGAAUCCGCCUCCUUCGAUUGGAGGUCAAUGCAGAGACAGUGCGAUACUCCAUCUGCAUGUCCAAACUGAGAGUCAAACCUGGGGACAUCGCUGUGCAUGGGGAAGCCGUGGUCUGUGUGUCACCCCGGGAAAACAGCAAGAGCUCCAUGUACUACGUCCUGCAGUCUCUGAAAGAAGACCUUCCCAAGAUUGUGGUACAAGGUAUUCCUGAGGUGUCCAGAGCUGUCAUUCACAUUGAUGAACAGAGCGGGAAGGAAAAGUACAAGCUUUUAGUAGAAGGUGACAACCUCCGAAGUGUUAUGGCAACCCACGGGGUAAAUGGCAGUCGAACCUCCUCCAACAAUACCUAUGAGGUUGAGAAGACCCUGGGCAUCGAAGCUGCAAGGUCGACUAUAAUCAAUGAGAUUCAGUACACGAUGGUGAACCAUGGGAUGAGCAUAGAUCGAAGACAUGUUAUGCUCCUGGCAGAUCUCAUGUCUUACAAGGGUGAGAUUUUGGGAAUCACUAGGUUUGGUCUUGCCAAAAUGAAGGAAAGUGUCUUGAUGCUGGCAUCCUUCGAAAAGACCGCUGAUCAUCUUUUUGAUGCUGCAUACUUCGGACAGAAGGACUCUGUGUGUGGUGUGUCAGAAUGUAUCAUCAUGGGGAUUCCGAUGAACAUUGGAACUGGACUUUUCAAACUGUUACACAAGGCCGACAAAGACCCAACACCACCCAGGAGACCCCUGCUCUUUGAUAACAGCGAAUUCCACAUUUCGGUUGUCACGUAGCACUACUGUCUACGCCUGGUCCACUGCCUCUCUUACUAGUCAGAGAAGCUUGAUGCACAGUUAUUUAUUUAAGACUGUGAACAUAAUUGCCAGAGGAAAUGCUUUAAAGGCAGGGAGUGCUUUGCGGUUGUUCAUUUGGGGGAGUUCAAAGAAGCAGCUUUGCAACCCUGCUGAAUAAGAUUGUUUUCCUCUGCUGUGUGCAAAACAAGGCUUACCGUAAGUAUUGGUGUGUUUGUUUCAAAUGUAGAAAGGACUACAAGGACCUGUCUCAAAAAAAUGUUGUUUACCAUAAAGAUUAGAAUGGGGGAAAACUGGUGAAGAAGGGGGCCUUAAUUGCGAAUAUUACUGAGUAAUUCAGUUAGGAAAUUAAUCUUAAACACUUUUUCCAGUCGUAACUGGUAUUACAUUUUUAGGGAGGGAAGAGUCUAGGUCCACUGAAUGUGCUGGUUCUAGCU